AUGAGUUCCAGCGCGCAAAGCCCCCGAAGCCCCAAGAGCCCCCAGAGCCCCACGGGCAAGGCGACCUCGCCGGCACCCGCAACUUCCCCGGCACCCGCAACUUCUUCGGGCCCGCUCAGCGCCGAGGCGCAGGAUGCAGCUGGCAUUCUUCCUGCAACGCACUGGACAGAGCAACCGCUUCCCGAAGAGGAUGUUGACGAUGGGGCAUCUAGCCUCGGUUCAUUCAACUCCACCACAGCUUCCCUAAGCUCGAGCAUUUUCCAAUAUCGUGAAGUUCACGGGAGAACAUAUCAUGCCGAAAUGGGUAGCGCCGAGGCAUGGCAGCCCAAUGAUGAACGCCACGUUGAUGCGAUGGAGAUUAUGCAUCACGCUAUGAUGGUACAACUGGGAGGGAAGCUCUUCUUGUCGCCUCUCGACAAAAAGAAGGUUCAGAAGGUCCUGGAUGUUGCGACGGGUUCAGGCCUGUGGGCGAUCGACUUUGCCGACGAAUUCCCCAAUGCUGAAGUUAUAGGGACUGAUGUCUCGCCUAUCCAACCUUCUUGGGUACCCCCGAACGUGAAGUUUGAGCUGGAGGAUUGCAACCAAGAAUGGACUUGGCCCGAGGAUACAUUCGACUUCAUCAACCUACGUUUACUCUCAGGCAUUGUUAGUGAUUGGGAUGCCCUCUUUAGGAACGCUUUUCGAGUCGCCAAGCCUGGAGGCUAUGUGGAGAGUUAUGGUACGGGAGCUCAUAUUAUGACUGACGAUGGAACAGUGAAGGAAGGUAGUGCUCUUGACCAAUGGAUGAGAGUUUUUAAAGAGGGUGGUAAAAGGCUCGGAAGAACGUUUGCGUUAAUCGAAGAGGAUAUCCAACGAAAGGGAAUGGAGGCAGCUGGGUUUACCGAUAUUCAGUUCAAGGACAUUCAAGUCCCCUUUGGUGGAUGGCACCCCGAGAAGGAUGUAGCGGAAAGGGGUAUUUGGUGGAAGAUGGCCAUUGAGGCGGAUCUUGAAGGCUGGGUCAACUACAUCUGGAACAACGUCCUUGGUUGGACACCGGAUGAAGCGAAGGCUUUUACUCGUCACGUAAAAAGGGAUAUGAAUAAUCCCAACAUCCACGCGUAUUUCAUGGCACGUGUUGUAUGGGGUCGUAAGCCGGAAUAG